CAGGUGCUUAGACGCUGACAGGGAUUUUUGGGGACCCCAACAUUGCACAUUAAGAGCCAAGCAUGGACUUGCCCCAGUCUCCUGGUCCCCACUUUUAGAUCCUUAGGGAGGAUAAUUGUGCAGAACAUUGUGUAUGGGAUGGGACAGCAAAAGGAACCAUGUCUGCCCUUUUUGGCCUCUUUCAUCCUCUUCCCCUUGUAUGGGCACCCCAGUAUCUAUUUUUCAGCCGUACGCAACGGCAACGCAAUACGGCAACGCAAUACCACCGCCGUGGCCGUUUUAAGGGAAGCCCCGCCCUCACGGGGAGGCGGGGCCGAGGCGGAGUCUUUGGGGCGGGUGCGGGGGGGCGGGGAGAACAAAGCGGGGCCUGCGGGUGGCGGCUGAGCUCCCCUGUGAGGCCCUGCGGGCGGAGGCCCGGGCGGAGCGUCCGAAAGAGGGAGGCUGCGUUGUCCUCCGCGCUGACCCGGCCAUGAACGGGCUGCCCUCGGCCGAGGCGCCAGGUGGCGUGGGCUGCGCCUUGGCCGGGCUCCCGCCGCUACCGCGCGGCCUCAGCGGCCUCCUCAACGCGAGCGGGGGCUCGUGGCGGGAGCUGGAGCGCGUCUACAGCCAGCGCAGCCGCAUCCACGACGAGCUGAGUCGCGCUGCGCGCGCCCCGGACGGGCCACGCCACGCCGCCGGUGCCUCCAGCUCUGGGCCCGUCUCGGGCCCGCGCCGGCCAGUCAACCUGGAUUCGGCUCUAGCCGCGCUGCGCAAGGAGAUGGUGGGUCUGCGACAGUUGGAUAUGUCGUUGCUGUGCCAGUUGUGGGGCUUGUACGAGUCAAUCCAGGACUACAAGCAUCUGUGCCAAGACCUGAGCUUAUGCCAGGACCUGUCAUCCUCCCUGCACUCUGACAGCUCUUACCCACCUGAUGCCGGCCUAUCUGAUGAUGAUGAGCCACCUGAUGCCAGCCUGCCCCCCGACCCACCACCCCUCACUGUGCCCCACACGCACAAUGCCCGUGACCAGUGGCUGCAGGAUGCCUUCCACAUCAGCCUCUGAAGAUCUGGGGUCAGUGGGGAUGACCUGAGCAAAAGGGGCAAAACUCACCCUUUCAGCCACCCUCAGACGACAGUGCCUGCUCUUCCACCGGUACCACCUCACCUUACCUCUCAGGAGGGCAAGGCGUGUGCCCUUCAGGCAAAACUGGCAGCCCCUCUCCUGGUGCGCUGGCACUGGAUGGGCUCCUAGGUUGCAGCCUCUGCCUAUGGCACUGGGCCUGCACUUCUCCCACAUACGUGCACCCCUAGUUUGGCCAACCCGCCGUCUGGCUGUGGGGCCCAAAGCAUCUUGCACUCCCUUCAGCGUCUCUGGGACUGGAUUGAGUGCCUGGCUCCCACACAUUUUUCACCUUUUGCUGCUCUUGGCAGCUCCUGGCUCAGGGGCAUCCCACCUCUGUCCCUGGAUUCCAAUGUCCUGGAUAAGGACUCCAGGACCCACCCUUGCACCCACUCAUGGCGGUUAAAGGCUAGGGCCCCAUGCUGGAUAUUUAAAUUUAGGGGCAGCCUUCUGGGCGCAUAAAUAAAUGCUCUCUUGGCUUUA